GCCUGUAAUAUAGCUGUGACAACUACCUUCCACCUCCUUUCUUCAUGCCCAUUUGCUAUUCUCUCUGUUUUGAUUAAGUUUUAAAACAUUCACAUACACAAAUACAGCGUUUUCAUAUCCAUUCAUUUUGAUUCAGACCAUAAAGUUGAAAUGAGCUCGAUAUUCCAAAGCUUCCGAGGCAAGCAAGCGCUUCCAGUUUCGCAACCUGAGGAGGGAGGCAUCCGCAGAAGACUCUCUUCUCUCAACUUCCAAUCUAAUAUCUCUUCUCCAGCCACCGCUUCAUGGGCUUUUCCCAGAUCCAAAUCUGUAUCUUCAAUGGGAGAAUAUGCCGGCAAUUCUAUAAGGAAAUGGUGGGAUUGGGGAUGGACCUGGAUCCUCUCCAGAAAACCCACUUUUGCCCAUGAUCUGGAGAUGAAUGAGGAAGAAACAACAGUCCUAGGUUGCCACAAUAAAGGCAGCUUAGGACAUGUUUUCUACAAGGUGAGGUCUGAAUUUAGAAAGCUCAUCGGAUCCGACAACGUUGGCCUUCCUCAAACUUUUCGCUGCGAUUCCUACAAUUACUCCAAGAAUUUCGAUAAUGGAAGCAGAUCGACAAUCUGAAUGAAGAUUUCACUUUCUGCGUAUGCCACUUUUAUUCUUGUCUUUUUAUCUUCUGGAGAAAUUGAUCGACGGGAUUCGUCAAUUACUUUACUGUGUGUGAUAUAUAAUGUUGGUAGAUUAUGUAAUGAAUGAAUGAUUGUUUUAUUUAUUUAAUUUGGCGUUCAAUUUGUUG